UAGCCAUUGAUUCUUGAUUUGAUUUCAUAGAAAUUUUUUCCUAACAUAUAGCAUAAGCAUUCCUCUAUUUUUAUCGGUACAGGAAAAAUCGAGAAGAAUGGGCCUUGGGCCUGAUUGAUGAACCGAAAAGAUAGAGAAAGUUUCCAUCUUCUAUUUCAUCAUUACUCUUUUUUCUUUUGGUUUUCAUGACCUUUUGGUUCCAACAAAGAACAACACAUGGAUUCGUCAAGCUGAAUUCUUAGGAACUCCGAACAACACGCGGAAUGGACGGUGACGGUGACGGUGACGGUGACGUUACGGUCUUUGCCGACACAAACUUAGGCACUCGCAUUGCUUUCAAUGCCCCUCCUGACAUUACUGCUGCUUCACUCAAAAGAGACUUUGAGAAAGCACACUUCAGUUGUUUACCAGAUAUAGGAGAGAUCCAAGUUAAUGGAUUAAUGGUGAAGCGAAAAUCAUACUUCUACUACCUGCCUGAUUCCCUCCCUAUGAAGUAUGCUUUCCCUGCGAUGAGAGGAACAUGGUUUCUUCACGUGGAAGUGAAGCAUUUAAAGUGUUUGUGCAUUUCGUGUUCACCCAGUGAUGCAGCUGUUCUUUCAAAACAUAAGGACUUAACAACCUGCAAUAGUGAAGAUAAGGCAAAGCACAACAAUGAGGAAGAGAAAAUGGAAGGGUUCCAAACCGGUGCAUAUUUAGUGAAAGAGCAUGAAGCUACUAAUCAUGUUUCAAAAGAGCAGGUGGAAAAGGGAAUUUCUCAUGAAAAUCACACGCAGAAUGUAGCCACUGGAAUGUCAGAAAGAUAUCCCAGCAGAUUUGGAGACAAAUCUACCGGUACAGCCAAUGAGAUUCCAUGUGCAAUGCCAGAGAAUAAAGUUGAAAAUCUGGUUGAGUUGCAUACUAACUCCAUGCAUGGAAGUCUCAGUAAGAUGUCAACACAAGUGAUAUCAGUCACAGGUAUAAUCAAUAAAUAUUUUUCAGGUUUCAAUGGCAUUGACAAGUAUAGCAGCUCUUCAAACUCAGAUGUUACAUCUAGAGCUGCUCAUAGUGAGAUUGAAGUUCAUUCAAACACCAAAGGACACAGUUGCUCAAAGAGACAAAGUGAUUCCUUGUCACAGUUCACUCCCAAAACACCUCCACAUGUCUUUCAUGCUCCAUUGCAUGUUGACUUGGUUCCCAAAAAAUUAGGGGGAAAAACUAGAAAAUCAAAAGUUGGGAAGCAUCUUACAUCAGGGAGCAAAAAUAGAAAAGCAGAAGUUGGGAAACAUCUUCUAUCAGGGGGCAAAAAUAGUAAAUCAAAAAUUGGGAAUCGUCUUCUGGUAGCAUCAAGGAGUAUUGGUGUUUCUGCCACUAAGCAUGAUCCUACACUUUCUUUAUGUAGAUUUAGAGAUAGAAAACUACUGCAGGACAAAUCUCAAAUUAAUGGUUCAAUAUUUUCUAUCAGUGACAGUGAUGAUUGAUGCUAUGCUGUAGCCUAUAAAAAAGUGUAUAUAAAGAGUUUGUUUGAAUACAAGUUUAGAAGAAUUUUUAAGAGUAUUUGUGCUGAAAAUAAUUUUUUUUAGUAGAGAAGCUCUCCAAAACAUUUCUAGCUUGUAUUUGAUCUAUUUUGGAGGCAAUAGCUUGGAAAUAUCAGGCUUCUGAUUUAGUAUUAUGGGGGAAAUUAUAGGCAAAAUGUUGUAAUUGCAACUUUUAGAUCACAAGAAAUCAAACACGUGCUAUUAACCAGCAGUUUGUUACUAUUGAGAUUUUUUGCAUAGAUGUGAGAGCAAAUGUUAUUAGUUCUCCAAUGCUUGUCAAGAUGAUCCUCAAUCAAAUGGCAAUAGUUAGAAUUCUUGUCACCUGUCAAACAUUAAUCCCCUAUCAGUUGGUUUGUUGUGUUGUACUUGCAUUUCCUUUUUCUAGUAUAAAUUUUGCUGUUCAGCUGAGCUUGUGUAUAACACUUAAAACUAGAAUGAAAUUGAUGUUUUGAUUUGCUU